AUGGCUCCGCAGACUAGCGAAACAAUCACUGGAUCGUUCAUAAACCCGAUUGGAUCUAUUAUUAUCUCCCGAUUCGUUCUCGACUUGCGCGAAGUUGGACUUUCGAUGAACUCGGGCUCCGAGGAACAAGCUACUAUCGGGGACAUGGAAUUCACAACGCAAUUCGAUCUACCCAUUUCCUCCUCUUCGCUUCCAUUGUAG